UCUCCUGCUCUCAUUUUUUUUUUUUUCAAAUCACACCCUAAUUUACUGGAAAAUCCUAAUCCCCAAAUUGAAAGAAUAUUGAAGUGGGUUGCAUUGGGUUGAGAAAGACAAGAAGAAAAUGGAAGGGAGCUCACAUCUAAAUCAAGUUCCAAGUGAACCUGCUGUGAAGCGUUUCAGGAUUCUCUGGCGUGUUUUUCUGCUUUUCAACUUCGGUCUUGGCGGGUACAUGUUUGCACAGGGUGGUAAGAAAGAAAGAGCGGAGAAAAAAGCCAUAGAAGAGCCUCCUCCUGCCCCUCCGACCACAGUGACUGCCCCUGCCCAAGAAGAGCCCAUAAUCAUCACUCCUCCUGUCGAAAGGCCCGUGCCUGUGCGGCCACCGGUUCCCGCGGAUCAGCAACGUGAGAUCUUCAAGUGGAUAUUGGAGGAGAAAAGAAAGGUUAAACCUCAAAAUCGACAAGAGAAGAAGCGUACUGAUGAAGAGAAAGCGAUUCUUAAAGAGUUCAUCCGUUCAGAGACAGUCCCAAAGAUUUGAUGUCCAGUGACUAACUUGUUGUGCUUGCUGCUUGUCAUUAGAUAGACUCUGUAAUUUUGUAAGCAUUCAAAACAUCUUCAUCAUUUGCAUUUGACUUGUAAGAAAAUCACAAUUUUAUUGACCUGAAAAAUUGUUUAAUUCUUUUGUUAA